AUGGCAGCCUCUUUCGCUCGCCUGGCGGGCAAUUCGCCCAAAAGGCUCUGUCUCCGCCCCUCCGCCUUUCUCAACACAUCCGUGCCUCGUUCCCGUUCCAUAGCGACCACUGUCCCCCGCAGCAAUGCCGAUGCCGCCAGCUACCAGGCCACUCGAUUGAUUCCGACCGACCCGUCCUUCAGCCACCUUGCCAACAAGCCGGCCACCACGGCCGCUCAGGAAGCCGCUGCCCUCGAAUCCGAGGCCGAAGGCAUUGACCGCAAGAUUCGUCACUACACCGUUAACUUCGGUCCCCAGCAUCCGGCUGCUCACGGUGUGCUUCGUCUGAUUCUGGAGCUCAAUGGCGAGGAAAUCGUUCGCGCCGAUCCCCACGUCGGUCUGCUUCACCGUGGUACCGAGAAGUUGAUCGAGUACAAGACCUACAUGCAGGCCCUGCCUUACUUCGAUCGUCUGGACUAUGUUUCCAUGAUGACCAACGAGCAGUGCUUUUCGCUGGCCGUCGAGAAGCUCCUGAACGUCGAGAUCCCCGACCGUGCCAAGUGGAUCCGCACCCUGUUCGGCGAGUUGACCCGUAUCCUGAACCACCUCAUGUCCGUCCUUUCCCACGCAAUGGAUGUUGGAGCUCUGACUCCCUUCCUGUGGGGUUUCGAGGAGCGUGAGAAGCUCAUGGAAUUCUACGAGCGCGUCUCCGGUGCUCGUCUCCACGCCGCCUACGUCCGCCCUGGUGGUGUCUCCCAGGAUAUCCCCAUUGGUCUGCUGGACGACAUCUACCAGUGGGCCACCCAGUUCGGUGACCGUAUCGACGAGACCGAGGAGUUGCUCACAGAUAACCGUAUCUGGAAGGCCAGAACCCAGGGCGUUGGAGUGGUCAACGCCACUGAUGCCCUGAACAUGAGUUUCACCGGUGUCAUGCUUCGUGGCUCCGGUGUCCCAUGGGAUAUCCGCAAGUCGCAGCCCUAUGACGCCUACGACCAGGUCGAGUUCGACGUCCCCGUUGGUGUCAACGGUGACUGCUACGACCGUUACCUCUGCCUGUCUGAACAAGAUGCCCGCCGGCCCCGUCCGCGUCGAGGACUACAAGAUCUCCCCCCUCCCCGUGCCGCCAUGAAGGAGAACAUGGAGGCUUUGAUCCACCACUUCCUUCUUUUCACCAAGGGUUACUCCGUGCCCCCGGGUGAGACUUAUUCUGCCAUUGAGGCUCCCAAGGGUGAGAUGGGUGUGUACCUGGUCAGUGACGGCAGCGAGCGUCCUUACCGCUGCAAGAUCCGUGCUCCUGGUUUCGCCCACUUGGGCGGUUUCGACCAGGUUUCUCGUGGUCACCUUCUCGCUGACGCCGUCGCUAUCAUCGGUACCAUGGAUUUGGUGUUCGGUGAGGUCGACCGGUAA